CAUCUCCUUGCCUAUACUCUCUCUCUCUCUCUCUGCUUCCUUUUUAAAAAGCUAUCCAGCCCACUUUUGCAUAGUCUCCUUUUUCUCUUCUUCCUCUUAAAUUGUUCCGAGAAAAUUAUCAUUCUGUCUCUCUGUGAAUAAUCUAUCAAGAUUUUCCAUUUCUCAGCUACCCUUCGCAUCUGAUCCAAGAUUCUUCAAAUCCCCAUUGCUUAUUUUUCCUUAUUUAUUUCCUUUUAUGUAUUUUCAUGAUCUGGUAGUUAGUUUAGAAUAAUGACAAGGGUAAGCCGUGAUUUUGGAGAUACUAUGCAUAAACAUGCUGUCCCAGCUGUAUCAGCUGACGUUGUGUUUGCUUCAAGUCGUUUUCCUAAUUACAAAAUUGGAGCAAACAAUCAGAUUUUGGAUGCAAAGGAUGACCCAAAAGUGCUGACCAUGAAAGAGGUUGUGGCCCGCGAGACUGCAAUGCUUUUGGAACAGCAGAAACGCCUCUCUGUUCGUGAUCUUGCCAGUAAAUUUGAGAAGGGUUUGGCUGCUGCUGCUAAGUUGUCAGAAGAGGCUCGACUCAGAGAGGCAGCUUCAUUGGAAAAACAUGUUCUUUUGAAGAAGCUUAGAGAUGCACUAGAAUCCUUAAGAGGCCGUGUGGCAGGCAGAAACAAGGAUGACGUAGAGGAAGCUAUUGCGAUGGUAGAAGCUUUAGCGGUUCAGCUGACUGAGAGGGAAGGAGAGUUGAUUCAAGAAAAAGCAGAAGUGAAGAAGCUAGCUAAUUUUCUUAAGCAGGCUUCAGAAGAUGCCAAGAAACUUGUUGAUGAGGACAGAGCUUUUGCUCGUGCAGAAAUUGAGAGUGCUAGAGCAACAGUUCAGAGGGUGGAAGAAGCUCUUCAGGAACAUGAACGGAUGUCUCGAGCUUCAGGGAAGCAGGACCUGGAGGAAUUAAUGAAGGAGGUUCAAGAGGCUAGAAGGAUCAAAAUGCUGCAUCAGCCAAGCAAGGUUAUGGACAUGGAACAUGAACUACGUGCCCUGAGGAUUCAACUUGAAGAGAAGUCCAAACGUUCUCUCCUACUUCAGAAAGAGUUGGCAAGGAGCAAGAGAGCUGAGCAGAACAUAUGCCAAAUAUAUGAAUUAGAUGGCUAUGAAGCUUUGGGUUCCUAUUUACAGAUCCAUCCUUGCUCUGAUGAUGCUCCAGAACUUUCUAAGUGUUCAAUUCAGUGGUAUCGUGUGUCAUCUGUAGGUGGCAAGAAGGAACUUAUAUCAGGGGCAACCAAAUCGGUCUAUGCUCCAGAACCUUUUGAUGUUGGGAGAGUCCUGCAAGCAGAAAUUAUUGCUGAUAGUUGGCGAGUCACAUUGACUACCACUGGUGCAAUUGAUCCUGCUGCUGGUCUGGGGAGCUAUGUGGAGGCACUUGUGCGGAAACAUGAUGUUGAAUUCAAUGUAGUUGUUACCCAGAUGAAUGGUGUAGAUCAUAAAUCAGAAUCUAUUAAUGUGCUACAUGUGGGAAAGAUGAGGAUGAAGCUUUGUAGAGGAAAGACGACAGUUGCUAAAGAGUACUACUCCACUUUAAUGCAGCUAUGUGGAGUUAGAGGAGUUGGGAAUGCUGCCGCACAGGCCUUGUUUUGGCAAGCGAAUAAAGAGCUUUCCUUUGUGUUGGCAUUUGAAUCGGAGAGGGAAAGAAAUGCAGCCAUUAUGCUUGCAAGAAGGUUUGCCUUUGAUUGCAAUGUAAGUAUUUCUCAAUUUUCUGUGUAUACUAGGACUGUCUCCCUUUUAUUUUACUUGAUUCUCUUUGUGCCCUUUCCUUCCACCAGCGAAGUUAACUUACAUUAGCUAAUUCUUGAAAUGCUAGAUCAUUCUUGCUGGACCUGAUGACCGAUCUCCCUUGUGAACUUAAAUGACUCCCAUGGCAUUCCAUUUCACUAAUUGUAACAAUUAUGCUGAGUUUCAUCUUGUAUUAUAGGUUUGUAAUAGUAGAAUUUGGCAUGUUCUAUUGUGCUAUGGGCUUCCACCAUUCUUUUUUCCUUUGAUUUCUUUCAUAUUUUGCUUCUCCUGCCCCAACGCCAAGGCAUCUGUUUUUGUUUGCCUUUUUGUCUGAGUGUAACAUAUUCCCAAUAACAAAUGGAGAUUGAUUGCAGCUGUAUGUGAUAUCUAUUGAAAGUAACAGCAGUUUUUGCAUGAUUUAUGUAUUAUGACUAAUACAAUAUUGAUGAUUGCCGCAA